AUGAAUGACAAAAUGUUCCCAAAUCUAAUACAAAAUUACAUAAAUCAUCAGUGGCUCAGUGCACGGGCUAUAUUGGCAGUCAAAGACUAUGAUCUAAGUACAAUAAAUAUCACUAUUCUAAACGAAAUUCCAGGCAACACAAAAACGUACCUGUCCAUUGAUGCCGUAAUAAAUCAAGAAAAAUUUGUUAUUUAUCCAACUGAAUUCUUAAAUUCACUUGAUUUGACAGACAUUCCCUCGCAUGUUCUAACGUUAAAAUUUGGGGUAUUCAUCAUUUUUAUACAAAACAUCAAUCUACCACGACUCUGCAAGGGUACCAGGCUUUCAAUGAAAACGUUGAUGAACAAAAUUAUCGAAGCUACAAUUUUAAACGGAAAGUUUAAAGGCGAAGAUGUACUGUUGCCACGCAUCCCAAUGAUUUCAACAGAUAUGAAUUUCAAAUUCAAAAGUUUGCAGUUUCCGGUGCGACUUACCUUUGCGAUGACUAUCAACAAAGUACAAGGACAAUCGCUACAACUAUUUGGACUGAAUUUGGAAAUCCAUGCUUCUCACAUCGACAGCUGUAUGUAG